UUUUUCCCUCCUGAAAGGAAUAUCGUCAUCACGCGAGAACUUCCUGGCUGGCCGAGCGGGAGAUUUAAUAUUUAACACAGGGACAAUAACACAACAGUGAAGGAGGAGAAAGCGGAAAGAAAAACAUAAUACAGAUUGCAAUACUGUAAAAAAAAAAAAAAAGAUACAUUAUUUAAGGAAUUAAUUAGAACUAAGUGUUACUGCAAAAAUCCCAACGGAACUGUAUUUCACACAACACGACAGUUUUCCAGCAUGGCCAUGCAGCUGUUGAGUAGUAAUAAUAAAACCGCCGACGCUGAAGUGGAGCAGGAGGAGAAUUUUGGACCACAACCCUUAAGCAGGCUGGAGCAAUGUGGGAUCAGUGCGAACGACGUAAAAAAGUUGGAGGAAGCUGGGUUCCAUACAGUGGAGGCAGUUUCUUAUGCACCGAAGAAAGAGUUGCUGAAUAUUAAAGGAAUCAGUGAAGCUAAAGCUGAGAAAAUAUUGGCAGAGGCGGCUAAAUUGGUGCCAAUGGGGUUCACAACUGCCACAGAAUUCCAUCAGCGCAGAUCUGAGAUAAUACAGAUCUCAACAGGGUCAAAAGAGCUGGACAAGCUACUUCAAGGUGGAAUUGAAACAGGCUCAAUUACAGAAAUGUUUGGAGAGUUUCGCACUGGUAAAACACAGCUAUGCCAUACUCUGGCUGUGACCUGUCAGCUUCCAAUUGACCAAGGUGGCGGAGAGGGCAAAGCCAUGUAUGUUGACACAGAAGGGACCUUCCGGCCUGAGCGACUGCUUGCAGUUGCUGAAAGGUACGGGCUAUCAGGAAGUGAUGUGCUGGAUAAUGUAGCAUACGCCCGGGCAUUCAACACAGACCACCAAACUCAGCUAUUGUAUCAAGCAGCUGCUAUGAUGGCAGAGUCCAGAUAUGCAUUGCUAAUUGUGGACAGCGCCACAGCCCUGUACAGGACAGAUUACUCAGGCAGGGGAGAGCUGGCUGCCAGACAGAUGCACUUGGCCAGGUUUCUACGAAUGCUGCUUCGACUCGCAGAUGAGUUUGGUGUUGCUGUGGUGAUUACUAACCAGGUGGUGGCACAAGUGGACGGUGCAGCAAUGUUUGCUGCAGAUCCGAAGAAGCCGAUUGGAGGGAAUAUUAUUGCACAUGCUUCAACCACUAGGCUGUACUUGAGAAAAGGUCGAGGAGAAACGAGGAUCUGUAAGAUUUACGACUCCCCUUGCCUUCCGGAGGCAGAGGCAAUGUUUGCAAUUAAUCCGGACGGUGUUGGUGAUGCAAAAGAUUGAGCUUCAUAGUGCUGAAGCCUGUUGCACGUGAAGAUGGAGACCCUAGAGCAACAAAUACAAUGUGAACUUCAAUAAAUAAAAAAACUACUUUCA